GGCGCCUUUAACGCAAAACUGGCGCCGAAGUUCACCGGGCCGUUGGAAGUACGGCGAAUCGUAUCCCCAGUCAUUGUGGACCUGCGCAGUACACACGGAAAAUGGUACCGACACAUCCACGUGCGGGAUUUGAAAGCGGCACCCGCCAACAACAACUCGGGCAACGAGGACGGCGAGGAAAACAACGCCGCAUAAGCAAAGCCACGAACGAACUCGGGGCGAGACGGCACUCGAGUCCGAGAUGACGACCGAACACGACGUGCUAGCCGAAAUCGACGCCCUGCUACGGGACACGGAGCCGUACGACCCGGCCGCCCCCGCUAUCGGGGACCAGUGGGUCCGCCUGUACCGAGCCGAUCCCGAAGCCGAGCCGCCACCAGCCCGGCCCACGACGCAGCGAGCCGUCCCGCGAGUCGGGACGGUGAUACAGAGGUCGGACGCCACCAACGAGAGGAAGCGAGCCUGGCUCCUGUCGGUUCCGCCGCCGCUACCACCUCGGCCAGCACCAACGCCCGCUGCACCGCGACCGACCCUCCAGCCGGCACGACCGGAGGGGCCUCUGCCGCCGCCGCCCAUCCCCGUGGAAGUGGAGACGGGAGUGACAGUGGACGUGCCGCACUUCGCGGCCCACGUCAGCCGCCGAUACAAGGCCCGCCUCGGAAACCGGCGCUGGGUCAUCCGCUUCAACGGAAACGGGAAGCCGCGCUCGGUCCGAGAGAUCGUACCACAAUAGGCCUCUAAAUGCAGGCCUUAGCAAAUGGGGGGGUGAUGUAACGAUGCACCCCGGAGCCGCAUCGUUCCCCGGCUAAGACCGCCGGAUGCCGCUGAUCAAACGGCGAAGGGCGGGCGCCUCGCGCCCGCCGCAUAAUCGCCCCGCACCGGCCGUGCGACGAGCCGCGAACGCUCGCCGAGACGACACGCGCCGAAACCCCGCGGAAACGGCCGAAGCCGUCCACCCGGCGUACUCCGUACCGCGACAAGGGGCGCAAGCGCACCACCCCGCCACGCGCCGCCGAUUUCAGCGCCGCCAAAAUCGGCAGCAAUAAUAUAAAAGGGCAAGCGAACACCGAAACGAGAGAUUCCGCCGCCGACCAGCCGAAAAGCUCGAAGGCAAUCCGACACCGAAU